UUUUUAUGCGUCUGGCCUACAUGGAUGUACAAGAAACGCUAGCGGCGGCCUUCGCGAUUGUCCGGAGGAAGAAAAAGAGAUAUAACUCUAUUGUUUUCAUCGUUCGGACUUCAGUACCUCAUCGACCGGCCAAGAUGUCGGGUGCUAAAGAACGUCUCCAGCUCCAGGAAAAAUUCGACUUGAUGCCCGAGACGUUGGGCGGUCAAUUUCGCAAGGAUUUCCCACCUUACAUCGAUGGGCUCGUGAGGUCCGUCCCGCACCGCUACGUCACCACGCCCGAGUACGCCAAAAAUGCGGAAGAUAUUUACAAUUUGGCACCGAGGCCGGACGAUAUCUAUGUGUCCACUUUCCCAAAGUGCGGAACGACUUGGGUGCAAGAAUUAGUGUGGAUGGUCGUGAAUCAAUGUGAUUUCGAGAAGGGCAAGAAGGAGCAGCUGAGUAUUCGUUCACCAUUUCUAGAAAUGAACUACAUGCUGCCCAUGAAGUUGGCCGAAAAGUUCGAGAAAGAGGCUAUUUGUAGAAAAGCCAAUUCUCCACUGGUCGACAAAAUUAUGGAGCUGCUUUGCUAUUGGAAUUUAAUGGACUGGCUUCGUCCGUUCAUCAGAAAGGCCAUCAGCUUAGUGAUGGGCGACUGUCUUCGCGAUCUGGACCAGAUUGACCAAAUGGCUGGCCCCAGAGUUAUUAAAAGUCACUUGCCACUGUAUCUGUUAAACCCGACAGUUCUCAACACCAGCAAGGUUGUUUACGUGGCUCGCAAUCCCAAAGACGUCAUCGUUUCAUAUUAUCAUUACCAUCGGCUAUUGGAAUUCCAUCACUACACUGGCAACUUGGAGGCUUUCGCCGAUUACUUCAUGACGGAUCGAGUUUACAGUGCUCCGUUCUUUCCUCACUUGCUGGACGCUUGGAACAAACGGCAUCAUCCCAAUUUGCAUUUCGUCUUCUACGAGGACCUUAAAAGGAACCUGCGAGGGGAAAUCGAAAAGAUUGCCAAGUUCCUUGGCAAGCCGUUGACCGAAGAUCAACUGGCCAAACUGACCGAACAUUUGCGUUUCGACAAUUUUGCUAAAAACGAAACGGUCAACUGUGAAAUUGGGAAAGAAAUUGGAUUAAUGAACAACUCCGGACACUUCAUCCGCAAAGGCAAAACGGGCGACUGGAAAAAUCAUUUCUCUCCCGAAUUAAACGAACGAAUCGACAAGUGGAUGCAGGCCAACUUGGAGGGCACUGAUUUGAGGUUCAUCACAGAACUUGAGCAACAAGAUUAAAAA